CCCAGUUCCAUCAAAGCAAACCCGGGCCAGCGCAAGGAUCUCCGAGUUGCGAGUGUGCUGAGGCUGGGACUGUCACUCAUUCUCCGCUCAGCGCGUGAACGCAGCUCGGCAGCCGCUGGCAGGAAACAAUUCUGCAAAAAUAAUCAUACUCGGCCUGGCAAUUGUCUGCCCCUAGGUCUGUGGCUCCAACGCCGUCCACACUCGCUGCGAGGAGGGGGUGCACAGACUUUUACCGCGGCAAGAACAUCCUUCCCAGCCAGCAGAUUACAAUGCUGCAAACUAAGGAUCUCAUCUGGACUUUGUUUUUCCUGGGAACUGCAGUUUCUCUGCAGGUGGAUAUCGUUCCCAGCCAGGGGGAAAUCAGCGUUGGAGAGUCCAAGUUCUUCUUAUGCCAAGUGGCAGGGGAUGCCAAGGACAAAGACAUCUCCUGGUUCUCCCCCAACGGAGAGAAGCUCACCCCAAACCAGCAGCGGAUCUCGGUGGUGUGGAAUGACGACUCUUCUUCCACCCUCACCAUCUACAACGCCGACAUCGACGACGCCGGCAUUUACAAGUGUGUGGUCACCGGCGAGGAUGGCAGUGAGUCAGAGGCCACGGUCAACGUGAAGAUCUUCCAGAAGCUCAUGUUCAAGAAUGCACCAACUCCCCAGGAGUUCAGGGAGGGGGAAGACGCAGUGAUCGUGUGUGAUGUGGUCAGCUCUCUUCCCCCAACCAUCAUCUGGAAACACAAAGGUCGAGAUGUCAUCCUGAAAAAAGAUGUCCGAUUCAUAGUCCUGUCCAACAACUACCUGCAGAUUCGGAACAUCAAGAAAACAGAUGAGGGCACUUACCGCUGUGAGGGCAGGAUCCUGGCACGGGGGGAGAUCAACUUCAAGGACAUUCAGGUCAUUGUGAAUGUACCGCCCACCGUCCAGGCCAGGCAAAGCAUCGUGAACGCCACCGCCAACCUCGGCCAGUCUGUCACCCUGGUGUGCGAUGCCGAAGGCUUCCCGGAGCCCACCAUGAGCUGGACAAAAGACGGGGAACAGGUAGAGAAUCAGGAGGACGAGAAGUACUUCUUCAGCGACGACAGCUCGGAGCUGACCAUCAGGAAGGUGGACAAGAAUGACGAGGCUGAGUAUGUGUGCAUCGCCGAGAACAAGGCUGGGGAGCAGGAUGCGUCCAUCCACCUCAAAGUCUUUGCAAAACCCAAAAUUACGUAUGUAGAGAACCAGACCGCCAUGGAACUGGAGGAACAGGUCACUCUUACCUGUGAAGCCUCGGGAGACCCCAUUCCCUCUAUCACCUGGAGAACUUCCACCCGGAACAUCAGCAGCGAAGAAAAGACUCUGGACGGGCACAUGGUGGUGCGCAGCCACGCCCGCGUGUCGUCCCUGACCCUGAAGAGCAUCCAGUACACAGACGCUGGAGAGUACAUCUGCACCGCCAGCAACACCAUCGGCCAGGACUCUCAGUCCAUGUUCCUUGAAGUACAAUAUGCCCCCAAGCUGCAGGGCCCCGUGGCUGUGUACACUUGGGAGGGGAACCAGGUGAACAUCACCUGCGAGGUGUUUGCCUACCCCAGUGCCACAAUCUCGUGGUUCCGAGAUGGUCAGCUGCUGCCAAGCUCCAACUACAGCAAUAUCAAGAUCUACAACACGCCGUCCGCCAGCUACCUGGAGGUGACCCCGGACUCCGAGAAUGAUUUUGGAAACUACAACUGCACCGCAGUGAACCGCAUUGGGCAGGAGUCUCUGGAAUUCAUCCUUGUACAAGCAGACACCCCAUCUUCGCCGUCCAUCGACCAGGUGGAGCCAUACUCUAGCACAGCACAGGUGCAGUUCGACGAGCCAGAGGCCACAGGCGGGGUGCCCAUCCUCAAAUACAAGGCCGAGUGGAGAGCAGUGGGCGAGGAAAUGUGGCACUUCAAGUGGUACGACGCCAAGGAAGCUAGCAUGGAGGGCAUCGUCACCAUCAUGGGCCUGAAGCCUGAGACGACGUACACCGUGCGACUGGCCGCCCUCAACGGCAAGGGUCUGGGCGAGAUCAGCGCGGCCUCCGAGUUCAAGACGCAGCCAGUCCAAGGGGAACCCAGCGCGCCUAAGCUCGAGGGACAGAUGGGCGAGGAUGGCAACUCGAUUAAGGUGAACCUCAUCAAGCAGGACGACGGCGGCUCCCCCAUCAGGCACUACCUGGUUAGGUACCGGACGAAACUCUCUUCUGAGUGGAAACCAGAGAUCAGGCUCCCGUCUGGCAGUGACCACGUCAUGCUCAAGUCCCUGGACUGGAAUGCUGAGUAUGAGGUCUACGUGGUGGCUGAGAACCAGCAGGGGAAGUCCAAGGCGGCUCAUUUUGUGUUCAGGACCUCGGCCCAGCCCACAGCCAUCCCAGCCAACGGCAGCCCCACGGCAGGCCUGAGCACCGGGGCCAUCGUGGGCAUCCUCAUCGUCAUCUUCGUCCUGCUCCUGGUGGUCGUGGACAUCACCUGCUACUUUCUGAACAAGUGCGGUCUGCUCAUGUGCAUCGCCGUGAACCUGUGCGGAAAGGCGGGGCCCGGAGCCAAGGGCAAGGACAUGGAGGAAGGCAAAGCGGCCUUCUCGAAAGAUGAAUCCAAGGAACCCAUCGUGGAGGUGCGAACUGAGGAGGAGCGGACCCCAAAUCACGACGGAGGGAAGCACACAGAGCCUAAUGAGACCACGCCGCUGACAGAGCCCGAGCUGCCUGCUGACACCACAGCCACUGUCGAGGACAUGCUGCCUUCUGUCACCACCGUCACCGCUAACUCUGACACUAUCACCGAAACCUUUGCCACUGCUCAGAACAGCCCCACCAGUGAAACCACCACCCUGACCUCCAGUAUUGCCCCCCCAGCCACGGCCACGCCCGACUCAAACUCUGUGCCCGCCGGCCAGGCCACCCCUUCCAAGGGGCCAGGUGUCGUCACCUCCUCCCCACCCCCAGCUUCAGCCCCCAAGGUGGCCCCCCUCGUUGACCUGAGCGACACCCCAACCUCAGCCCCCGCCGCCAGCAAUUUGUCUUCUAGUGUCCUGGCUAACCAGGGGGCCGUGCUCAGCCCGAGCGCCCCUGCCAGUGUGGGGGAGGCCUCCAAGGCCCCCCCGGUGAGCAAGGCAGCCCCUGCUCCAGCCCCCACCUCGGCCGGGGCAGCCAGUCCCCUAGCAGCAGCAGCUGUCCCAGCCACAGAAGCCCCCCAGGUCAAGCAGGAGGCUCCCAGCACCAAAGGCCCGGACCCCGAGCCUACCCAGCCGGGCCCCGUGGAGAGCCAGAGCGGGGCAGCCGCGGCCCUCACUAGCCUGAAGAGCGAGGCUGCCUCCGUCAGCGCCACAAACCCUGCCCAGGGCGAGGACUUUAAAAUGGACGAAGGGAACUUCAAGACCCCAGAUAUUGACCUUGCAAAGGAUGUUUUUGCAGCCCUGGGCUCUCCUGCUCCCGCCGCUGGGGCCAGUGGACAAGCCCCUGAGCUUGCUCCUUCCACUGCAGACAGCUCUGUCUCGCCUGCACCAGCGAAGACCGAGAAGGGCCCUGUAGAAGCAAAGCCGGAGAGCCAGGAGACAGAAACGAAGCCAGCGCCAGCCGAAGUCAAGACGGUCCCCAACGAUGCCACACAGACAAAGGAGAACGAGAGCAAAGCAUGAUGGGUGACGAGAGACGAGCAAAGAUCAAAAUUAAAAGUGACACAACAGCUUCACCAGAGCAUUUCCAAUAUCACACACACACACACACACGCGCGCGCGCACAUAUUUCAUUCCUCUAGUGUCUUUUGCCUUUAAAAUAACUAAACAGAUAAACGGGAUCGCCUUUUUGUAGGUUUAUAGAAAGGGUUCCUUUGUUGCGCACUCACUUGUAAGAAAACGAGACAAAAAGGUUAACCCCACAGCCAAACUAGGACACUCCGUUCCCUGAAACCAUUUAAAAAUCAAACAAAAGGACCCCAAAUUAAGAAUCUAGGAAGCUCAGAAAAAAAAAUCUAGGUUCAGGAAGACCGCACUUGGCGUUGCCCAAUUGGCACAGACCAGUUUCAGAAAAACACUUCCAGGCACAGACUAACCGAAUGAACAAAGUCCAAGUUUAUUUUUAUACUUUCAGUCGAGUUUGAACUCUGUAAAACCUCAUAAGUAAGUUAUAAUUUCUGUUCACUUUGUAUUUGUUCAGUAUGCAAAGUGUGUCACCCCUUCGAGCUGACUUCAGUUCCCACGUAGACUUGUUUUUGCAGGAAGAAUGCCACAUUGCAGCUUCUGGGGCUAGAUCUCAAUUCACAGUAUUCAGACUUCUUUUUUCUUUCCUUUUUUUGUGCUUUUUCCCCCCCUUUCUGCCAACUUUGCUUUCCAGUGUUUACAGGUUGACAAAUGUUUAACUUCGAUUGCGUUUAAAUGUCCAUGUGAAAUGGCUGCCUUUUUUUCUUUUUUUUUUUCUUUUUUAAGUUCCAAAUACUGCCUCGGGGCGGGUAGGAUCAUCACAGGCUUGCUUUAGCACAGACAGCUUCACACAAUAUGAUUGUUUACAGUGGCGCUCCCCCUAUCCUCAGUUGAAAUUUUUGCCUGCGUCCCACUCAGGUGAAAAUCCAUCUCUUUCCGGACUGGUUUUGCUUCUUGGUUCUCGGCUCUUUUUUUCUGUUUCCCAGGGGGUUAGCCCACUUCCUGAGUAGCCACCACCUGCCUGUAUCUGUGAAAAGGGAUCUGCUCCCGGCUUCCGGCCCUUCCUCUUGAAAGGUUCCUUAGGCUUUGUUGAAUGAAGCAGAGAAGGUUGCAUAGUUGGGGCUGCUCUUGGUGAACACACGUUUUUACCCCAAACACCCCCUUUUUGUAGAAAGCCAAAUAAAAUAUAUACAUACAAUUUCCUUUUGAGCCCAGAAUCUAGAUUUGAGCGGAAGAGCAUGUGUGCUUCAGGGAAUUAGUGUCUUUUUUGGAAAUCUGUUGAAGUAAAGUAACAUCGGCCUUCUGUUCACUUAGGCAGCGUUUGUAGAAACAAAAGAAAAAAACCCAACCUGCUGUCUGGAGUCAUAACACAACUUUCCUGGAUUGGAAACAAAGUGGGGGGGAAAUACAGAAACUUUAAGGGGGAUGGGAGGGGGGAGAAGGGAAAAGCCAGCCCUUUGUAUAGAAAUUUUGCUUUUUUUUUCCUCAUUCUACUGUAGAACUGCAAGCUUGUGCACUGUGGAUGCGUGAAUAUUUUAGUGUGAAACGUGUUUUUGUCAUAGUAUUGAAAUAAAACUUCAACAUAGUUUGGUUGUGGAAGGUAUAGCAGAUAGUUCAGAAAAAAUAUUCAGGAAACAACAAUUACUCUUAAAAGGAAUUGAAGCCUUUAAACAAAGAAAAUGAAUAAAAAUGAUUCCGAUGAUGAAGAUGACGCUGAGUAAACAGAAAUCAGGACUCAGCAUGUGCUCCUUUCCGGAGGUAUGAACAGCAGGAGGCGAGGGUGGCGAGACCGCCCUGAGCCCCUGAGCCGUGCUGUGGGCCUCCCUCCCCAGGUUCUGACACUUCUGCAGUCUGAUCAGUGGCGAUGUGCUAGGUUAUCAUUUCAAACUGUGAAAAAUAAUGGUCUUGUCAUUUGCUCAAUGUGGGGUUGUUUUGCAUUUUCUCAUCUCCUGGGGAUGGAAAUGGAGGAUCCCAGUCCACAGCGCUCUGGCCCCUUUGACUUCAGGGCCUGCACAAACCCACAGUUCAAUGCACAGGCCCGUGGGAACAGUACCUUGAAGAUGGCUCUUAGAGCACAUAGCAGAACCGAGCUACUGGGUGUCCGACGGCAGGGUCUGACGGGCUGGUGGGCUCUUCUGUCGCCAGGUUGUCCGUGGGAUCAGUUCUGCAUCGUGUGAUCUUAAUGGCUUUGACCACCUAGGCCAAGCCCACACUAUACCUCAUGGAGACCGCAUUUCCCUCCAAGCGGGUGUGGUAAGGCAAACUGAUGUUUGUUCUAACGAUUAGGAAGAGAAAGGUAUAAGUAACCCUUCGAUAACCUGGCCCAGGACAGCCGGCCGCCCUCCUCUGCCCAGACCCCUGGCUCCGCCAUCAGCUGGAACCCCACACCCCGCCCACCGUUCGGUCAGCCUCUCUCCCAAUAUACCUAGAUUUGUCUCUGCAUGCGUGAGCUUUCCUUUCCUUAAAAUAAUAAAAUAAAACAGAGCGAUGCUUUCUCUAAAGUCAAAGAGGGAGUCACUUUAUUUUCAAGAUGUUCUAUCUUUUAUGUUAAGAGAUAAAAGCUUAUAGUGUUUCUUUUUUAAUUUUUUGAAGAGGGGAUCAUUUCUGCUCGUUUCCAAUGUCUAUGUGUCUAUAUGUGUAUGUGCCAUACAUAUGUAUUCACAUAGCUGCCGGCAUGGCCAAGUUCUGCUGGGGGCACUCACGCGCCACGCCCGGGCCCCGCACCCUGGGGGGCCACAAUGGACACAGGCAGCUUUGGAAGGGGAACUCUGUUUUCACACUUUUGUAUGGAGCCUUCCCAGUCCCAGGUUUUCACUCUCGGCUGGCUGUCUGUCUGGAUGGCAGUUUUCAGACCUCCAUUAACAUCCCUACCCAGCAUUCCCAACUUCGGGGGCCUUCUCUCUUGUUAUAAACUUUUUACCAAGUGAAACAUCGAGACCACCUUUGUUUCCAUUCUCACUGGUGUAAAUACUGAGUACUAACUGAGAAUUUUGACUUUGCAUUCUGUCAGAAUACUUGUGUUCAAUAAAAACUGAAAGAAAACAACA